AUAUUAUGUCAAUAAAUAAAUCAUUUUGACAAGCCAUUUUGAUUUGCGGCUCCUAAUGCUGCGAUAUUCGGAGAUUGAAGCUUCGGAGGCUUACUUGCCAUUAUCGAUUUGAAUUUAAUUCGGCUCUCUCUGGUCCUCAAGUUCCCGUAGCACAAACGACGUGGAGAACCCACUUUCGGUUUUGACUCUUUUCCACUUCCCUCAAUUACCGCAGAACGCCACGGUCUGAGAUUGGUUGCUCCGGCGGUUUAAGAUGGAUAGCAGCUUUGCUAAGGAUCUUUACUCAGAAAGUUCGCACCUAUUAAAAGUAGAAUCGGGUUCUUCGCCAACUGCUAAUGAGCAAGACAACUUAGUUCCGGGUUUUGAUGAAGGUGAUUUGCAAGAUGAAGAUGGAUCUUUCUGGGGUGAUUCUGAUGAAGAAUUGGAUAAAGCAUCUGAAUUGGAUAGGGAGUGGGAGAGGAGGCGCGACCAAUUUCACACGAUUGGAUAUCGCGAUGGCCUCAUAGCAGGAAAAGAAGCUAUUGCUCAAGAUGGAUUUAACAUUGGUUUUAAGGAGUCAGUGCUUGAAGGAUACAAUUGGGGUAUGGUUAGAGGUGUUACGAGUGCACUUGCUUGCCUUCCAGAAGGGUUGAAAGAAAGGUUGAUUGAAACACAAGAAAAGAUGAACAAAUUCCAGACCUUGAAUGAAUCUGUGCAUUCUCUUUCAACAAUGGAUGCACUCAAAUUGUUUCAUGAUGAUAUAAUGGCAAAGAAAGAGCAUCUUAAGGCCACUUCUGAGGAGGCAAGUUCGCAAAAUGAUGGCUCAGACUGCAGUCUGGGAAAUUAUGUUGGAGAGCUUCAAUCACUUCUUCUGAAAACUCCUGCAAUUGAGUCGCAUUUAUCAGAAAAGUAAUUUUUGUACAUAACUUUGUUUGGAACACAUCUUUUUGUACUGAAAAUGGCAUAACGAAAAUCAUUAGCUCAUGACUUUGGUGGCAA